ACCCAGAGUUUUAGCGUGACCUCUACUGCUGUUGAAAAUACUUGGGAGCCGAGGUUGUAUCCAUUGAUUUUUGACGAUGUAACCCAUCUCCGCCAGAAAACGGUGACAAUUUGAAUAAGAAACCCCUUCAUUUUGUGCAUAACCGUCGCAAGGAGGGCUUAUGUGCUCCUCGCCGCUUGAUUUCCGACUCGGGGUGCUCAGUGUUGUUGGGGUAAAGUCCGUUUCAGCUGCACUGCAUCAACAUGGGUGUGAUUGGUGUGCAGCUGGUGGUUACCAUGGUAAUGGCCAGUGUAAUUCAGAAAAUCAUACCUCAUUAUUCCUUCGCAAGAUGGCUACUCUGCAGUGGCAGUCUGCGGUGGUAUCAGCACCCUACGGAAGAUGAGUUGAGGAGCUUAGCUGGGAAACAAAAAGGACAGAAGAAGAAAGACAGGAAGCACAACGGUCACAUAGAGAAUAAGCUACUAACAGUUCCCAAGGACAUAGAUUUACAACUGGAGACGAAAUGCAUUGCAGAAGUCGACACAUUAGCAUUGCACUACUUCCCAGAGUUCCAGUGGCUGGUGGAUUUCACAGUAGCAGCAACUCUGGUCUAUCUGAUAACAGAACUCUACUACAGUGUGGCUCAGCCGUCGGGAGAGAUGAACAUCAGUGUGGUUUGGUGCCUGCUGGUACUCGCCUUUGUCCUUAAGACCCUUUUCUCUAUAACGGCCCACUACUUCAAGCUGGAGGAAGGAGGCGAGCGUUCACUCUGCAUUACUUUUGCUUUCUUCUUCUUUGUCAAAGCCAUGGCCAUUCUCAUUGUCACUGAAAACUACCUGGAGUUUGGUCUGGAGACGGGUUUUGCAAACUUCUCUGACAGUGCUUUACAGUUUCUGGAGCACCAAGGCUUGGAGUCCCAGGGUCCCAUAUCUAAACUCACCUUCAAGCUCAUCCUGGCCCUACUUUGCUCCCUGAUUGGAGCAUUUCUAACUUUCCCUGGUCUACGAUUGGCCCAGAUGCACCUAGAUGCCCUCAAUCUGACCACAGCCAAAUUUACACAGACUCUGCUUCAUAUCAACUUCCUGUCCCCUCUUAUCAUGGUCCUGCUGUGGGUGAAGCCCCUUACCAAGGACUACAUAAUGAACCCCACACUGGAGAAGGAGAAUGUGCCUUUGAUGACUGAGGACACGUAUGACACAUUGCGGUUAUGGGCCAUCAUACUGAUGUGUAUGCUCCGACUCGCUAUGAUGAGACAUCAUAUGCAAGCCUACCUCAACCUGGCCCAGAAGGGUGUGGACCAGAUGAAGAAGGAGGCGGGACGCAUAAGUACCGUUGACCUGCAGAAGAUGGUUGCACGUGUUUUUUACUACUUGUGUGUAAUCGCACUACAGUAUGUGGCACCACUGGUGAUGCUGCUGCAUACAACUUUGCUGCUAAAAACCUUAGGUGGACACUCCUGGUGGGUUUAUCCUGAAGAAGACCUGCCUUGUCUCUAUGAAAUUAACUCUGACUAUGUGAUGGAGGCGGCACCAAUAGCAGCCCCAACACCAGCUGCAGUGGUAGAAACAGGAGCUCGGGCGUCAGUGGCCCAGCUGUCAGUUGCUCUGGGAGGCCUGCGGACUGUCUUCAGCCCCUUGCUCUUCCGGGGCCUCUUCUCCUUCUUUACUUGGUGGAUUGCUGCCUGCCUCUUCUCCACCUCCCUAUUUGGCCUCUUCUACCAUCAGUAUCUCAUGGCGGCAUAGCAUCCCCAACCCAGCAGUGGCAGCCAGAUCCUCACAGGGCUGCUGUGCGUUCAGCCGGAUCAGAAAGUACUGAGUGCUGGUAACGGAGGCUUAAUGAUGACUCUGCUCCUCAACUCCUCAUUUCCUUUGCUUUCUCCCUCUGACCACCUCAACAAUGACUGACCAUAUCAUCAGUGCUCCUGGUUCAGCUUCCAGUGCUUCCAUCACAGAUGACUCUGUGAACCUUUUUCAUUGUUUUUACUACGACCACUACCUUUUUUUUUUUUUUGAGAGCAAGAUUUAUAAACCUUGAUAACAUACUAAAGUAUGGUUUAGAAGAAUAAUAGGUCAAUUGGUAUAGUAAUGAGAAAUUUGUCCAGUUUGCUGUGUGAAUUUUGACUAAUGUGAGGUUAACAUCUUUUAUUAUCUCAGAGGCUGAUUACUAUUAAUUUUCACGUGUUUCAUGGCAGUUCUGCUCAGUUCCACCAACGUCAGGGUACAUUUGUUAAUGUUCUUGUUCAUAUUUAUUUCAUAACUGAUGUAAUGAGUUUAACUCAACAUCUUCAGUAUCAAUGCUGUCUUUUACUUUCAAAAGCCCUAAAUGCAGCUUCAUGCUUGUCAUUAAGAUCAAAUUUCAGACUGUGGUCCUAAUUUAAAUCCCUUCUAUUGUCUGUGGUCACUAAGGCAUCUUUAAACUUAUAUUGUCAGUAAUGAAUUACAUCAAAGUAAUACCAUCUAUAUUCCAGUCUACACAACAGUUUUGUGACGGGGCAUAUUUCAUUGUAUGUUGAUGCAAAGAAGCUACAUUUAGGUCAUUUGCGUCUGAAGUUGUCCGUGGAGGUUAAGGUAUGACUUCAUAUCAGCCUAAAAUCCCCUUAUGUUUUUCUUGUGUUUUUGAAAGUUUUGGGGAAACUGAUAACUGCUAUACUUGUGCCCUGUGUCUGUCUUUUGAUCAAAACUGUAAAGUAUGUGUAAAAUCGUACUCAAUUCCACUGCCUCGGACCACGAAAGUGUCUGAAAUAGUCUUAAAAUGUUGUGGCAAGGACCAGCACGUCUGUUAAUAGGAGCAGGAGGGAGGAAGGGGCAGUCUGGAUAUUACGAGAAUGGCUUUCAGCUGAACGGGGUCAGAGUGGACAACGGAAGAAGAGCUGUUCUGCAAAAAAGAAAGAGGAGAGAGAUGUUAAACAUCUCAUUGACUUGAAGCUGAUGUAUUUAAAUGUUUAAUCUGCGUCGUAACCUCCCUGGUUUUAACUGAGCCGUUUUAGAAGUUAUGAGAGAAUUUAAAUCUCUUUCUUUGAGCAGCAGCAAUGAUUUAAAGGGAGGACAGCACUGAGGGUCUCAGUCAAGGUAUGUGCUCGUUACCGUGCGCCUGUCUGCGUGUAAAGGAUCUCUGCUGUCGGUCGGCUGUAAUCUGAAUGGGCAUUUUGAUCAAACGGAGAUGUCAACUACUCUUGAUGAGCUACCGCCUUUAUGUUCUGCUUUACUUUUUCUAACUUUUACCCAUCCACUACUUUUAAACUCAUUUGAGAACCAUUUUUCUGUUUGUUUUUAAUCAUUUUCUGAUGGAUCAAAUUGUAAAAUUGUAAGAGUUUUUGAUUUUUAAAAUGGUGCCAAGUGAGUCUGUUCCCCUGUCCCAAUGGCUAAAGAUAUAGUGUUUGCUAGUGUUUUGAAACUGUUACCGUACUACAACUAUGCGGCCUUCUGUUGUCUGUAGAUCCAUCAUAAUAAUUGUGGAAUCACCAGCCCUGGUUCACAGCAAGACAUAACGGUAUUUACAGUGUCUUUGCCUGCUGUAAUUCUUUGGUCGGUAAAUGUGCGCACAAACAGUCAGAAAAGGCCAAUAUGAUUGUCGAGUCCAUUCAGGAAUGUAGGCUACGUGGUGCCAGAUUAAUUACAGAUCACACAAUCUUGUGGCACCAUGGUAUUUCAUUUUGUCAUUUUUUUGUGUCAUAUAGCUGUAAUUUAUGAAAUCCAGCUCUGGGUUUGUACAAAACACAUUUUACAAAAUCAAGCAGCACCGUGUCACAUUUGUUAGCUCCUGAUGUCAAAAGUCUUAGCUUCUGUUUUUAAAUGACGGGGAAUAUGCACAUAAUGAAUGUAUCAAUCCUGCCUAGUUUCUAGUUUGUUUUCAUAAAAAUGAUUUGAAUGCUGAACAGAUUCCCCCCCCCCCCCCCCUGCACUUCCUGAACUCUUAAUCUGUGAAUUCUUUCAAACUAAAUCAAAUUUGUCCUAAUGACUAUUUUCAUUGAUAGAGUUAUUGUUUUUUUUGUAUUUAUUACACAUGCCAAGGCAUCUAAACAUUUCUAAUGUUAACAUCAAACACUUUAUUUUGUUAUUUGAGUGCAUGAUGGCUUUUUCUUUUCUUUUUUUUAAUAAAUGUGUUUGACCAAUCAGUUACAGAUUAACCUUUUUUCAAUGGUCUGAUCUGUUAAGAAGUAGCAGGGAUACUCAGAAUUCAGUGGCCUGAUGAGGCAAUGUUUCUUCUGUUUGUUAUCACUGAAAGUGUUAAGUAAAUUACACACAUUGUUAUUUCAUGUAUUUAUUUCUGCUUUAGAUUGUGUCUUAAAUAAAUUUAUGUUCUUUACUA